AGCGCGACAACAGUUCAAUAAUGGUUUAUGGUGCAAAGUGUUCCGAAGAGCAGUCAGUCACCACUAUUUUAUCUUAUUGAGCAGUCACUCUAAUUAGCUACCAGUGUGAAAUCCAAAUGUCUGUUGCCUUCGUACCGAAAAAGCUAAGAGGAAAAGCUCAGAUCAACCAAGAAACCAUUCAAAGAUUGCUGGAUGAAAAUGACCAGCUGGUAAGAUGCAUAAUGGAGUACAUGCAAAAAGGAAGAGCAGUGGAAUGUGUACAAUAUCAACAGAUCCUGCACCGGAAUAUUGUUUACCUGGGAACCAUUGCCGAUGCCAGCCCAAACUUGGCUCCAACCACCAAUGUCCCCACUGGAGAGGCAUCAACAUUGACAGCCCAGAAUGGACAUAAAGGCUUCACACAAAAUGGCCAAUAACUUCAUCAAAAUGUAUACAUUUGAGUAUUUCUGAUUACAAAAUAAAGUUAGCUAUUUUUCUAAUUGGGAUUUUUCAUCUCUUACCUUCAACUGUUGUAAUGUGAGCAUGUAGAGCUUUAUUCCAUCUGUACAUGUAAAGGGUUACGGAUGGUGCAAUAUGUAAGUGCCCAAACUCUGCCCAUCUCUCUAGAUAGAUGCAUGUUCUGGAACCGUGUGCUGGAAGUAAUUGUGUACUUCAACAGAUCAUUGCUGUAAAUUAAUGAAUAGGGAAUACUUACUGCUCAUAUCCCAUCAUCUCAAAUACUGCCUGCCUACUGUAUUUCAACUUUGUAUUCUGUUCCUGUGUUGUCUUGCACUAGCAGCACCAUUACAACCCUGACUGUGUCACUGGAAUUCCCAUUCCAUAUGCUUGUGGCUUUAUCAUGUAUUUCCAAAAAUAUAUAUAUUCAUGAUAUUUCUGGAAAGUUCUGGUUGGUUACAUUUUGUUACCAAAACCAACAUAGUGUGACCCAGUACUAGUUGGGUGUAGCUAAAACAGGCAGGUGUUAUUUACUUCCUUAUAGCGAUGACUUUGAUAACUACUUCAUGAAGAAAUACCUUUAAUUAUGGUCAGGCAAAAUGGCAAUUACCCAUGUAACUAUUUAUGGUGUCCUGGGACAAUACAAAUUAUUAGUCCUGGAAGAGUUUCAGUGAAUGUCUAUGCUUAGCCCAAGGCCAACUUGUCUUCAAUUCUGCUUAACCAAACAUGCCACUAGAGGAAGCUAGAAAACUGGAUGUAGCCCACUGAGCCUGCCAUGCACUCCUAUGAAAAAAGAAUUGCAUAUAAGUAUGGGUGAUAAAUUCAUGUCACAGAAAAUAAAACACAUUUAAUUGC